GCCUCCCGCCGGCCAUGAGCUCCAGCUCGGAAGCCGUCCCGGACCCCGAGGCCGCGCAGACACCUGCGUCCCCCGGCCACUCCUGUCGCCCGGUGCCCUGGGCCGUGAGCGCCGCGCUGCUGCUGAUCGCCGCCGCCAUCGCCGCCGGCGUCAUCCGCGUCUGGGUCGUGCCCGGGGGCUCCGCUUCGCCCGGCCCCAGCCCCGCGCCCACCUCGAGACUCCCCGAGGUCCCUGAGCUCCUUCCCGACGCCCGCCCCCGGCUCCCUGACACCACGCAGGGCCAGGGCGUGUUUGCGCAGCUGGUGGCCCAAGAUGCGCAGCUGAAGGAUGGCCUCCUGCACUGGUACAGCGACCCUGGCUUGAAAGGAGUGUUCUUGGCUCCCGGCCUGAGUUACGAUGAGCACACGCAGGAGCUGGUGGUGGCUGAGGCUGGCAUCUACUAUGUCUUCUUGCACCUGGAACUGCAACGUGUGGUGGCCCGUGCUGGCUCUGGCUCGGUCUCCGUUGCCCUGCACCUGCAGCCCCUGGGUGCAAAGGCCGCAGCUCUGGCCCUGACCUUGGACCUGCCCUCUCCAUCCCCUGAAGGCCGGGACUCAGCAGCUGGCUUCCGGGGCCGCCUGCUGCGCCUGAGUGCUGGACAGCGCUUGGGUGUCCACCUCAGGGCUGCGAGCGAGGUGCACCUCGCCUGGCAGCUUGCACAAGGUGCCACAGUCUUGGGCCUCUACCGAGUGGCCACCAAGGUUCCUGGUGGAUUCCAUUCCUGACAGCCUUCACGAGGCAGGACGGACUCUGUGAGGCAGGCGGGGUUGCUGCCCACUGCAGGGAGAAUGAACCCGGCCUUGCUUUCUUGGGGCCCUGGCGUCUCUACCUCACCUGACCGGACAGGUCUUCUGGCUGCUGACCCCCUAUGCAAUGACUGUCCUUGUCCCUCUGUCACUUCUGCCUCAACUCAAACCCUUGAUAUUUAUUGCGAGCCUGAGCUCAGACAGUAGACUUUAUAUUAAUAUAUUCAACAUAUUUAUUGAUCACCUACUGCAUGGCAGGUACUGUGCAGGGCUGAAGAAACAAAAGCAAACAAAACGGACCCCCCCAAAAUCCUUAUUUAUGUUAAUAUGUGAGAAAUGAAGAUUCACUUCUAGCCCCCCUCUGGAAUUUGUGGGCUAGCUUUUAGGGGGUCGCAGAAUUCUUUGUUGUUUGGGUUUUGCUCAUUCAUGUAACUUGCACUUUGAGUAUCUACUAUGUGUCAGGCACUGUUUUAGGUGUUGAGGACAUAGCUGUUAACCAGACAGACCAAAACCCCAGCUGUUGCCAGGCUGACAGCUAACAGGCAGGUUUGACUUGGGUUAUGAUUGUGUGAGAGCUGCUAUGACUGGGCCAGGGGGACCCUGCAAAAUGGUGUAUUGUACUGGAUAAUAAAAUGGAAUUUCAGGAUGACUAUGCAUUGACCAUUUACUGUGCUCCAGACAGU